GUAGAUGGACCAGAGAGUUAUUUUGAACAACAUAAAUACAAAACUAAAAUUUCCACAAAUUCAAUGUCGCAAGCUUCUGAUUUAGAUUAUGACGAAUUUAAUAAAUUAAUAAAAUUAUCCGAUUUAUUAUAUUACAAUGAAAAGCAAAAUUUGGCGCUUAGUUACAAAUCAAUGUUUACACAAUGGUUUUUAGAACUACAAAAUGAGUUCAGUUUAAAUUUUUAUGGAAUUGGCUCCAAAAGAAAAAUCCUAUUGCAAUUUGUCAACCAGUAUUUAAUUUACCACAUCGACUUCCCAGUGUUGGUUAUAAACGGAUACAAUCCCUCAGUUUCUUUCAAAGAAAUUGUUCUAUCAGUCACUUCCACAAUUAUCAAUUCAAAUAAAAAAUUGUUUAAAGCUCAAAAGUUUCCAAAAUCAAUUGAUGAAUUAAUUGCUUCAUUUAUAAUUUGUUUAAAAAACUUGCAUGAAAGUCAGAGAUAUCCUAAACUACUAUUAUUGAUUCACAACCUUGACGGCAACUCAAUUAAAUCCAACAAAUUUCAGUCUUUUUUCUCAACUCUAGUAUCAACAAAACAGGUCUGGUUGGUAUCUUCAAUAUCUAACAUCAAUGCAAAUUUGCUUUGGGAUUGCAAUCAAACUCUGGACUUCAAUUUUUUAUGGCAUAACCUUUCUACUUUUGAAAACAGUACAGUUGAAACAUCGUUCAGCGAUAUUCUAGCUUUGGGACAAGCCGAGAAACAAACUGGUUCAAAGGGUGCCAAAUAUGUUCUAUCGUCUUUGACUUCAAACUCCAGGAGCUUGUACAGGGUAUUGGUAUCAAACCAAUUGCAGAUAAUGGAGGAUGAAUUACUAGAGUCUAAUAAACAAACCGAUAGAAAUGAGUUCCUAGGCACCAUCAAGCAUGGAAUAUCAUUCAAAACAUUGUAUAAUCUUUGUUCAGAGGAGUUUAUUGCAAGUAACGAAAUCAACUUCAGAACAAUGUUGAGGGAAUUCAUUGAGCAUAAAAUGGCCAAUAUAAGCAAAGACUCUUAUGGAACAGAGAUUGUUUUUGUUCCGUUGAAUUUGAAGGAGUUAGAGAAUUUGCUAGCUGAAGAAUUACUUGUGUAA